AUGGCGUCGAGUUUAGAGUGCUCCUCGUGCGGCUUAGUAUUGAAUGUGCACUACAAACUCCUCCUGUGUUUGCAUUCUGUUUGCGCUGGCUGUGUGUCGCAACUUAUUCGGGCAGAAGACAACAGCAUCGAGUGUCCCCUGUGCCAAGUUAUCACUCCCUCGCCGGGCCAGGGGAAAAGCCACUUCCACACUCUACCCACGUGCAGACCUUCGUUAGCAGGAGCUGCAGCUGCUAGCGGAAAUGAUUCUGGGCAGCAAGAUUUGGUGGAAGAUGAACAAACCACGUGUGAUUGUUGUAUAGAAGACACCGUAGCUACUAGCGUGUGCUUAGACUGUUCUCAGGACCUGUGCGAGGACCAUGCUGCUUCCCACAUCAAGAAGAGAAAGUAUGCAACUCAUCGUGUUGUGUUUGCGAGCAGGGGAGAUGAAAGCAGUGAAGUCGCUUCAGCACCAGCAGCAACAGCAGGUUCUGGCAGUGUACGGAGCAGCCACUGUCCAGUGCACCUGACCCAACACGUCACACACUACUGCGGGCAAUGUGACGAUGUAGCCUGCAGUUUGUGCUUAAUGUUUUCUGCCCACACUGAACACAGCGAAGCGCUCACCUCAAUACAACAAGCAGGCAAGGAGAGCAGAGAGAAGAUGCAGAAGCAGUGCAGUGAAUCCAUCCAUGGAAACUGCCGUUCAAUCGUCACGAAGAACCUGGAAGCACUGGAAGCCACAAAGCACGGUAUCAAGGAUCAAGCAGCUGAGCUUUCAAAACAAAUAACCGACGAAAUCGCAAGGAAGAUCGAGCUGCUCAAGAAGCAGGAGGCCAAACUGCUCGAUGAUGUCGAUCAGCUUCAAUGGCAGAUGUGUCUUCCCAUUGAAGAGCACAGAUAUGCUCUAUCUGAAUACGUAACGGUGCUAGAUCAGCUUCUGUCGAUUGCUGUCAGUUGUGAUGGAGACUAUGAUGCAGUGCGUGUUGCACCAUGGGUGAUGCGCAAAGCUGAAGAGAUGGCAUCCACCGCUACUCACACUACUGAAGAUAUAAUGAAUGUGAGCAAUUGGUGCGAGCUUUCGUGCAUCAACCUCACAGACCAAGUGACUGGUGAAGAUAUAAGUAAGAUUGGAUCUGUGUUUGAUGCUGGCGAUGUAGACCUACUAAGGCUACAUGCUGAAGAGAUGGCAUCCACCGCUAGUGACACUAGUGAAGAUAAUGAAUAUGAGCAAUAG